UCUGGGAAGCCGUUUGUUUCCAGUCGGGAAUCCGCCUGCUGUUACUCGAGGAAGUUGUCCCACUGUCGAAACCUUUUUUCUGUGACUUUUAUAACAACAGUUAUUGCAAGUUUCUACUAUUUUUUAUUUUUUUUUUUAUCCUUAACAUCUUAGCGACACAAUGUCUCAUCAUAUCCCAGGACAACCGGUCACUGCUGUUGUGCAACGGGUUGAGAUCCAGAAGUUGCGGCAGGGAGAUAAUCUGAUCCUGGGCUUCAGCAUCGGAGGAGGGAUAGACCAGGAGCCGGAACAUAACCCCUUCUCUGAGGACAAAACUGACAAAGGCAUCUACGUGACCAGGAUAACACCAGGAGGACCAGCAGAGAAGGCAGAUUUACGGAUUGGAGACAAAAUAAUGCAGGUGAACGGCUGGGAUAUGACUGUGGUGACGCACGACCAGGCCCGUAAAAGACUAACAAACAAGAAGGAGGGUGUGGUGCGGCUACUGGUAACCAGGAAGUCGUUGGAGGAAGCUGUCAAACACUCUAUGGGAAAUGGGCCCAAACAGUAACGUAGUGGCGCUACUUGCAACCACAGACUAAUGCAAUAGUUCAUAUGAGACUCCCGCUAAUUCAAAUGUUUGCACCUUUAUAACUACGUCACUGCAAAAAUACUACACAGACCACAUCAGAUUGUUUAAUAAUUAGGUGACAUAUACAGAUGCCUGAGUCUGCACAAUUCAUCAGUCAUUGGCAAAUGAGAGGGUGCUCUUUCUUUCUAUACACACUCAGACUCCUCUCAAAGUUAUCUGUUAGUUAAAGUUACAUACAUACACCUGCGCCUUCUGAAUUAUGGAGAAGUUCAAAAAAUUUCCAGCUCUACAGACUCUCAAAUGCAAUAAAACAGUGUUAUCUCUCUACUAUACAUCAAUUUUAAACUGAGUACAGCACAACCUUCUUUAUUCAUUCCCACUUAAAAGAUAUUUGCCAAAUGUCUUCAAUCUAUGCUUGACAGGAGUUCUUUGCGAGCAAUGGUAUUCCUUUUUUGAUACAAGGUUUAGGACAUCUUGUAUCCUUAUUGCCUAUAGGUGACCAAAGUUGGUCUUGAUGGUUUAGAUAUAUCAAGACUUAAAGGAUCACAGAUAAUGUAUCAAAUGCCAAAGUAAUAGCCAAGGCACUGUAAAGUCAUCAAAAUAUGAAAAGCAGUGUUUGUAAUUAUUUUUUUUCCUUUUUAUUAUAAUGGUACAUUAUACUAUACAAACUCUGUACCACAAACCUGUAUGCACAGUAUUUUAAUGCACACUUUUUUCUUUUCACUAAUUCUUCUUUUAUUGAUGCAUCUUUCUGUUCUUUUUAUCUUUCUUUAUCUUGAUGUCUAUUACAUGUGUGGGGAAAGUAACAUACUCUGUCAUUCUGUGUCUCUGUCCGCUAAAGUAACACAGUUAAAAAUGCACAUUUUCUUCCAAGUGUCACAAAUUAUGUCUCAUACGAACAAUUCCAACAAGCUGGAUCUGCUUUUAAAAAACACCUAUCAUAUCAUUUUCAGUAUAUUCACUUUCAACCUUGGCCUUUAUCAGAAAGACAAAGUUGGUAAUUUGCUGUUUUGAUGCAAGCAGACCCGCUAGUUUCACACUGGAGUCGGCUACAUUGAGAUUGUCUCAGCCUGUAAAAUAUUGUCAAGUUGUUUUGUUUAAUAACUGGGAAUGUGGACAGCCUCAAAUUAAUACUUAAUACCACUAAGUUUAAUGAUACCUAUUUUUUUUUUCUCCUAUUUUCCAUUUUGCAAUUCCAUUAUGGUUUCUGGAACAUAGUUAUUUACUGCCUCUGAUACAGUGAUUAUAUGUACUACGUCACACUGCAGUGAGUGAUUUGACACUAAUCAUAAACAAUACUUUGGCUUUGAAAUGUUACAGUAAUGAAAUUGUUAUUAAAAUAAUAAUCUUA